UGGCUUGGGACUUGGAGGUCGGUCGUGGGCUCCUGGGGAGCCAUGAGGGGGGCUGGCUGCCUCUGAGGGCCCACCUGUGGAUAUAAAUAGGCAGCUAGCCAAGGCAGCGCCGCAGAGCCUCUGAGCAGCACCGCGCCAGGAUGUCCAACUGCGUGCUGUCCGCCUGCUUCCUCGGCCUGCUGGCCCUCACCUCUGCCUGCUAUUUCACGAACUGCCCAAGGGGCGGCAAGAGAGCCCUUGUGGACAUGGAGCUGAGACAGUGCCUCCCCUGUGGCCCAGGGGGCAAGGGGCGCUGCUUCGGGCCCAGCAUCUGCUGCGAGGAAGAGCUGGGCUGCUUCAUGGGCACGGCCGAGGCGCUGCGCUGCCAGGAGGAGAACUACCUGCUGUCGCCCUGCCAGUCUGGCCAGAAGCCCUGCGGGAACGGGGGUCGCUGCGCCGCCGCCGGCCUCUGCUGCAGCCCGGAGGGCUGCGUGGCAGAGCCAGAGUGCCUGGAAGCCGCAGGCAGUCGCCGCCACGCCCGCGCCAGCGACCAGAGCAACGCGACUCAGCUGGACGCGCCCACCGGGGCCCUGCUGCUGCGGCUGGUGCAGCUGGCAGCGAGGCCCGAACCCGAGGAGCCCAAACCAGGGGUCUACUGA